AUGAGUGUGGGCUGUUGCAGACCCCGCGCAUUGAAAGAGGGCGACCUAUGCCCCGAAGGCCAGAAGACAUGGGCAAGCGUCCGCUACCGUGCACUCUGCAGGUCCGUCGCUGCUGUGAUUUUAGCACUCUGGGCAACCUUGCUCCCGCUGCUGCAGCAUCCUGGAAUGGUGGCCGUGUGCAACACGUACAUGGACAUGGAGAAGGCAAUGAAUAGCAAGGACAUGGUGGCCGAGCAAAACACCGGCUUCUCGGGGAUGACAUUCGUCACCUUCUUUACAGCUAUGAUGUCUUUGUUGUGCUUGGCGCUGGUCCUGAACUCGCAGAUGAAGUGGUGGUUGAGCUCCUCAUUUCUGGUCUACUUGCGCUGGCACGUGCUGCUGAAUGCCGUGAACGUGUGGCUCUUCCAUUUCCUGGCCGCGCACAGGUGGUGUGCCGCGCAUAACACGCUGCUAGAGUUGACGAUCUUCACCUGGGUCACUGUGAUUAGCCAUCUCUUUUUCUGGAGUAACAAGCUCAUGGGCUUCGUUGUGAUCAAGUCUCACCUGGCUACGUUGGAGAAAGCCUUCCAGAAACCUCUCGGUUCUCGAGUUCUCGACGUGCUUCUGCUGCUCUUUGGGCUUUCGGUGAUCGCUGCUACCGUCCUGUAUGUUUGGUUCCUGGCCGGCGGGGGCAAACGCCACCUCCUGAUCCUGGGUGUGGCCUGCAUUGAAGGAGGUGUCGUGGCCUCGACUCUCUUCGUUGCCAUUCUGAUGACCCGUGGUUUCUUCCUAGCCUACCGGGCCGCCCAUCGCCAGUGCGUAUCGGCCACUCGUGUCCCGGAGAAAGAGCUGGCCACCAAAGCCGUCCACUUCUCCCGGCGACUGGUUUGGGAGACGCCUAUCAACCUGGCCUUGGUGGGCACUGCCUUCGGCUUUCACGGCAUGUGGCUGGCGACGCUGGAGUUGGAUCCAGGAGUCGUAGGUACUCCUGAGGGACAUCUACUCGUAGCAGGCUGCUAUUUCCACUACUCUUUUGCUAUUUUCGAUAUUGUGGCUAGUCAGUGCUCCGAGUGCGCAGUGUGGCAGGGUGCGACUUGGAGUACCGGACAUGCGGAAUGGGAUUCGGAGACCAACGAUCUGGCCCGCCGAGCUAUCAGCCUAGGGGCUCUGCUGACGUUCUACAGCCGCCUGGAGGAGCGGAUGCCGCAUUACGACCCGACGCAGCACACUACAGCCGAUGUGGUCCGACAGGUGAUCAUUCCGAUGACGGCAGGCUCAGAACAUGGCGACUGCGCUGCAGCAUGUGUGCUGAUGAAUGGCCAGACCUUGCUCCCCGACCGGAUGGUCACGCACAACUGGGCCAACAAGUUUUCGCACCUCGUGGCUGCGGUGGUUGCAGAUGCCCUAGACCUUCCCAGCUACGCCAGCGUCCUGCCACGCUUGCAGCCUGGGGAGAUGACGGCACUGAAAUCGGAGCUUUUCUGGCGGAAGAAGCUCACGUCCACCUACUGGAUCUGCUGUUUCGCUGUGAACCAGCAUGCUGGUAUCUGCGGCACCGUCCCGGACUUCAUGAAGGAUCCCGUGACCUGCCAGCUUCCUCCGGCUUGCACCUGCGAGCACCCGAAGUACUGGAGCGAUACGCCGCCACUCAAAGAUGGGCAGAGCGUCCGCUGCGAGAUGAACAAGUUCCACGAUAUGAUGGGGCUGAUCUCGACACUGAAGCCUGGGUUCUCGCAAGUGAUCGCCGUCGACGCGCAGUUCCACCUCUUCACGCGCGCCUGGUGCGUUGCGGAGAUCCAUCAGGCGCAGCAGCUUGGGAUGGUGCAACGCAUGCGGACGCUCUCGCAAGAGAACUUGUCUCAGUAUGAAUGCUGGCUUCACUGCCUCAAAGUCGAGGAGAUGUCUGCAUCCAACCCAGCCGACACGGAGCUAAUUCUUUCGAAGAUCGAAGACAAAGCACGUUUCAACGCAGAGUUGCAAAGUCUUAUCUUCGGCAAGGACGGCCUGAUCAGUGCUUGCCAUAUGGGCUUCGAGCGGAUGGCGAUCCUGGGAGCUGUCGCGAGGCAGGGCGCCAUCCGGCU